UAUAGAGGGUGAUUCUGGCGUUCAGCUGAUGCGGGGAAGCAAGAAGGGCCCAGAGAACUUCUACGAGACGGGAGUUGUGUCCUCUCGGUUCAACGCCAUUCACGACCACUCCAACUACGCCAGCACCGUUGGGAUGGGAGAAAUAGCUGUCGUUCAAAACGGCGUGGAGUUUCGAACCAGGCAUAACGACUAUAAGCUCAAAAUGCCCUCUACCACCUCAACUGAAUACCACGCAACAGAGAACGUUCCGUUUCCCGAUGUACCACCUGAAGUGACCAGUCUAUCUACGGUGGAUGAACAAAUCGUGGAGAUGAGAGAAUGGUUCAAGGCGUUUGCCACCCAGAACACCACACACAGAGACUACAGGGAGUAUUUCAAACCCAUCAUGUGUUACCUGGAGGGCGCCUGGACGCUGGACGCUGACCUAACGGAACCGUUUGAGAGUGACCGACAUCACAUUGAUGCUAACUCCUGGUUUGAGCUGCACGAUAUAGUGCGAUACGCCUCCUACACGGGCACAAAGAGCAGACUCGAAAACUUUGCCUACCUGCCCACCACCAUCAUGUCUGUCAAUGAAACUACAGGUGAACCAACUUACGCUCAGUGGAACUACCGUAUUCUAUGUUCACCUUUGAAAGAAGACAUGCCCUUGAAACACCUCAGACAGAUGGAUGACCUGGCAUACCGUGUGCCCAACAAAAAGACGCAGGAAACUGUGCGGUACAGCCGUGCUGCCAGGUACAGGGUCUACGAGGGAGAUAAGGACAGAUUCACCAAAUACUCCAAAAUCGACCGCUUGUUCUACACAGUCCCGGGUAUGGACAAUAUCCCUUCCGCUAACAUGAGCCAAGAGUCGUUCGGUGAAGAGAUGUUCUCUAUGGAGUCAGAUAAGGACAUUCCCCUCAAGAUUGGUUACUACCAUCGCUGGUUCCGAUUUGGCCAGCCGGGCGCCAUGGGGCAAAAGACUGUCGCUCGAGGGUACAACGACGCCAACCUUUGGGUGGCUCAGACCACGCAGGAACGAGUAGCUCCCAUCCGUCUGCAUACUUGUACGUCGAAGAGGGUAAAAGUAAACAACAAAUGGAAGAAACAAGAAGAAUGCAAGACUGUCUACACACGAUUCAGCUACGCCAUUCCUUUGGAGAUUAUUUUCCUCACACCACUGCAGAGCUGGAACCCUUACGACAUUGAGACUUUCAAGGGCGAUUUGGACACGUCUGACCCGGCAGACACAGUGAAGAAAUCGGUCGGUGUGCUGGACAGGGGCGGUAACCUCAGGAAAACCACGGCCUCCGGGGUGAAGAUCGUGCUGCAAGACAUUGAAGGCGUUGGCAGAGUCCGUCUGAGGUACCCCAUCGCCCCCCUGCACGGAGAAGGAAGUCCAGUGUGGAAAGAGCUCAAUGCUCUCAAGUAUAUGGUGAAAGAACAGGCGGCAAAGAAUGCAGCACCACCCGCUGAAGUCUCCUUCAUGAUUCCUCUACAUCGACUCUGA